GGAACCCAUGUUGUCCACAUCCUGAAUUUCCAAGCUUAAGAGAACAAAAAAUCCAAAUAGGCAUUCAUCACUAACUUCACAGACAUAUGUCACAUAUCUCUACAUUUAAUCAAAACUGUUGUAUGCUGAUGUCUUCAAUUCACAAGUGGCAAAAAUGUAAGGUGGGACCCCAAAACAUUUCCACUAGAGCCAAACUCUAAAUAGGGAAAACUCUACACCACCUCGUAGUACCCACCGAAAUACCAUACCACUCAUCUUUAAGAAAAGAAAAAAACCACACUUGAUCUCACAACAAAUAUAAAGCUGACUUCUUUUGUUGUUUUUAGAAACCAUUUCCACCAUUUUCCUAGUAAACUACUUGAUACUAAAAUAAUCAAAAUAAGAAUAAAGGAAAGGAAAGGAAAUACUACAACACUGCAAUUAUUUUCUUUCUCCUGUUAACCAAGUUUGAGGUUAGGAUGUCUGCUACCUCAUUUACUGCUCCAGCUGCUGUUUCUGGCUAUGUUGGCCUGAGAUCCAACUUCACUGAGCUUCUUCCAGCUAAGGAUUCAGUUGGGUGGACCAGGAAAACUGUCUCCAAUGGUUCAAAAACUCACUGCAUGAAGACAUGGAAUCCAAUUAACAAUAAGAAGUUUGAGGCACUAUCCUAUCUCCCACCUCUUUCAGAUGAUUCAAUUGCCAAAGAGAUAAAUUACAUGAUCAGAAAGGGAUGGAUCCCUUGCCUUGAAUUUGAUGAGGUUGGGCAUGUAUACAGGGAGAACAGUAAGAUGCCAGGCUACUAUGAUGGAAGAUAUUGGACAAUGUGGAAGCUACCCAUGUUUGGCUGCAAUGAUUCUUCUCAGGUCCUCAGUGAAAUCCAUGACUGCAAAAAAGCAUUCCCAACUGCUUAUAUACGUUGUUUAGCUUUUGAUAAUAUUCACCAGGGUCAGUGCAUGUCCUUUGUUAUUCAAAAACCUACCUAGGAAGACCACCAGUUUCUGUUUAGGUUUUUCUCUUCUGGGAUGAGUUGUGUUUGUUGUACUUCAGCUUAGUUUUUUUAGUAAGAAGAUAAUAAUAAGCUUAUAAUAAAAUACUCCUACUUUCAAUUAAGUACUUGUUAGUGCUUAGUAAUAUGGUGUAAUGCUAUAAAUAAAGUACAAAAAAUCAGGGGAUUGAA